AUGCAGGCAACAUCUCGUAGAUAUUUUGUAGGAGGAAACUGGAAAUCAAACGGAACUGUUGAUUUUGUUAAAGAUAUUUCUGCAAAUAUGCUAAAUACAUUGGUAUUUGAAAAGGCUCUUUUAGAUGUGGUUAUCGCCCCUAUCUCUCUUCAUAUCCCACUUAUGAAAGCAUUAGUCAUGGACAAAGUAGCCAUUUCUUCUCAAAAUGUGAGCACUCAAUCGAAUGGAGCCUUCACAGGAGAAGUUACUGCUGAACAGUUAAAAGAUUUUGGAAUAAAAUGGACAUUGAUUGGGCAUUCAGAGAGAAGACAUCUCUUCGGUGAAACUAAUGAACAAAUUGCUGAGAAGUGUAAACAAGCUCAAAAUAAUGAGAUUAGUAUUAUUCUAUGCAUUGGAUAAAAGUUAGAAGAACGUGAAGCUUAAAAAACUUUUGAGGUAGUUACGUCACAACUGGAUGCGGUUAAAGAGUCAAUAGGAACAUGGAAUAAUGUUGUUAUUGCUUAUGAGCCGGUGUGGGCUAUUGGAACUGGGAAAGUUGCUAGCCCAGAAUAGGCUUAGUAAGUUCAUGCUCACAUUAGAAGUUGGUUUAAUACCAAUGUUAAUGAAGCGACAGCAGCAGAAAUGCGCGUGAUUUAUGGAGGAUCUGUGAAUGAUAAAAAUUGUAUCAACCUCAUCGAUUAGGAUGAUAUCGAUGGAUUUUUAGUGGGAGGAGCGAGUUUGAAGCCUGGUUUUAGAACAAUAGUAGAGGCUGCUAAUAAUAAAGUAAAAGGAACUUGA